CCUGCUCGAUUCGGUCGGUCUGUGGGGUACCUCGGCUCAACCGGCGACGCGCUUACCCUCUACCCAGGAGCACAUAGUCCGACAUAUCAGGAAGGAAGCAACCACCUUCGCCUUGUAACCUCCUCAUACUCGUCACAACCGCAUCCUGCCACCGUCCCACCGCCAAUGUCAACCACGACGCUCCAAACCACACCCCCUCCGACCGAGCACGUCCUCCUCUCCUACCCGGCCGACUAUGUCCUCCUCGUCACCAUAAACCGCGAGCGGCAGAUGAACUCGAUUCCCUUCGAGGGCCACCUCGAAAUGGGGCAGGUGUUCGAAUGGUUCGAUCUCGAGCCGAAUCUACGCGUCGCCAUCAUCACCGGCGCGGGCAAGAAGAGCUUCUGUGCGGGCCAGGAUUUGAUACAGUUGGGCAAGAUCAGGAGUGGCCAGUUGAAGUUGAAUCCAGCGCUAACAAGGCACCCACUCAGUGGAUUUGGUGGCUUGAGUAGGAGAGCGGGAAAAAAGCCUGUCAUAGCGGCUGUAAACGGAUUAGCCCUGGGUGGUGGGUUUGAAAUCGUGCUGGGUUGUGACUUGGUGGUCGCCAGCCCAGGCGCCAUUUUCGGUCUGCCAGAAGCUCUCCGUGGUAUCUUCGCAGGAGCAGGAGGUCCACCACGCCUCGUUCGCAAUAUCGGCUUACCCGUUGCCUCAGAGAUGGCUUUGACGGGUAGGCCCAUCACAGCACAGCGGGCCAAAGAGCUGAAUCUCGUCAACCGGAUAUCACCCUCACAAGAAACCGUAGUUGAGGAAGCUCUGAAGCUAGCGAAUGAGAUUGCUGCAAUUUCACCAGAUGCGGCAAUUGUCACCAGAGCAGCGUUGCGACAAGCAUGGGAACACGGAAGCGUAGAGCGAGCUACUCAGAUUACGAUCGAGCAGUACGGUAAUGCUUUACAAGCAGGCGAGAAUGCAUUGGAGGGCCUGAAAGCGUUUGCGGAGAAAAGGAAGCCGAGUUGGAAGCCAUCGAAACUGUAGAUUACAUAUGAAGGAAGCUCCCACUCUCACAGAUGUCUACGCGCGUCAUCUUGUGCAUCCCUAGAUUUGUGGAGUACAACUGCAUUGAAUUCUCUCGGCAUGGUCCGCUCAUGCAUGCGUGGAGGGAUUUGGAUGGUCACGGCGAGUACUUCGGCGAUUUCGAUAUACUUCAAACGACGUCAACAAACGGAUUGCACACCCGCCGUCUUCCUAGCCAAUUGAGCAAAGCGUAUUGACCGCAGAGCUUCUUUACCAGUCCGAAGGGGUUAGAUUAGUCUCCCGGAAGACUUCCAGGACCGAGCCGAACCCCUAGACCCCACCUCCC